UUUAUGGAUAUUGAAGAAGGAAACUCAAAUCUCCACAUUGCAGAGGAAAAAGUUAGGAGUAGCAGAUGGAGGGAUAUUAUUCUUGCUUACAAGACUCUUGGAGUUGUGUUUGGUGGUUUAGUGACCUCACCUCUCUAUGUUUACCCCUCAAUGAACUUGAAGGCACCAAAUGAAGAGGACUAUUUAGGAAUUUAUAGCAUCAUAUUUUGGACUCUGACACUAAUUGGAGUUCUCAAAUAUGUCUGCAUUGCUCUUAAUGCCGAUGAUCAUGGAGAGGGUGGAACUUUUGCCCUAUAUUCUCUGCUUUGCAGGCAUGUAAAUAUUAGCAUUCUUCCGUCAAGAAACUCUGGGUUGAAAAAACAUUCACAUGCUAACCAUUCUCUGAGCACUGAGAAACCAAGUAGACUGGGGAAGUUCAUUGAGCAAAGCAUCACUGCUCGGAGGUUACUCCUCUUUAUUGCGAUGCUAGGGAUGUGCAUGCUCAUUGGUGAUGGCAUUCUCACUCCCGCAAUUUCAGUGUUAUCAGCAAUGGAUGGACUGAGAGGACCAUUCCCGUCAGUUGGUAAAUCUGUAGUCGAAGCUCUAUCAGCUGCUGUUCUGAUUUCUUUGUUCCUGCUUCAAAAGUUUGGUACUUCACGUGUGAGCUUUCUCUUUUCACCGAUCAUGGUUUCUUGGACUCUCGCAACUCCAAUGAUAGGAGUGUAUAGUUUCUUGCAGUACUAUCCAGGAAUAUUUAGGGCCUUGUCGCCGUAUUAUAUUAUCAAGUUCUUUUUGAGGAAUGGACGGGAAGGCUGGAAGCUUCUUGGUGGAACAGUUCUAUGCAUUACAGGAGCUGAAGCAAUGUUUGCUGAUCUUGGUCAUUUCAACAAGAGGUCAAUUCAGAUGGCAUUUCUUUUCACAAUAUAUCCUUCAUUGGUCCUUACUUACGCAGGGCAAACAGCAUAUCUGAUUAGACACCUUGAUGACUUUGCCGAUGGGUUCUAUAAAUUUGUACCGACUCCUGUUUAUUGGCCUAUGUUUAUCAUUGCAACUACGGCAGCAAUUGUGGCGAGUCAAUCUCUAAUAUCUGCGACAUUCUCGGUGAUUAAACAAUCGGUGGUUCUUGAUUAUUUUCCACGGGUGAAAGUAGUGCAUACAUCUCAACAUAAAGAAGGGGAAGUUUACUCCCCAGAAACAAACUUCAUUCUCAUGGUUUUGUGUGUUUCAGUGAUACUUGCCUUUGGCGAUGGAAAAGAUAUUGGAAAUGCCUUUGGUGUUGUAGUUAUACUUGUAAUGCUCAUCACAACAAUUCUAAUAACUCUAGUAAUGAUCAUCAUCUGGAGAACUCCACCCAUACUUGUUGCACUCUAUUUCAUUUCCUUCUUCAUUCUUGAAGGAUUUUACGUCAGCGCUGUCCUCACUAAGAUCCUUGAAGGAGGAUGGCUUCCUUUUGCCAUUUCGAUCAUCCUUGCAUUCAUAAUGUUUGGUUGGUACUAUGGAAGACAAAGAAAAAUUGAAUAUGAAAUGACCAACAAAAUCACACUUGAAUGCCUCGGUAAUCUACUAUCAAGAUCAGAAGUCCAAAGAGUCCCAGGACUUUGUUUCUUCUACAGCAACAUUCAAGAUGGCCUAACCCCGAUACUUGGGCAUUAUGUUAACAAUAUGCGUUCAUUACACAAAGUAACAAUUUUUACAACUCUUCAGUAUUUAUUGGUUGCCAAGGUUCCUCCUCAUCAGAGGAUCAUCAUAAGGAAGCUCGGUCUUGUUGGUGUUUAUGGUUGCAUAAUUCAGUAUGGAUAUGCUGAUUCUCUUAAUCCUGAGGGAGAUGAUUUCGUAAGCCAAGUUACAGAGAAUUUACGAGCACAUAUAGAGAAUAACUCUGAAGGAUUUUCAGUUGAUUGUGUUGAAGAGGAGAUUAAGAUGUUGGACGAAGCCGAGAGUGUUGGAGCUGUUCAUGUUAGGGGGAAGACAAGGUUUCACAUAGGAAGGGAGAAUGGCUGGUUCGAUAAGAUUUUGUUAGGGUUUUAUGAAUUCUUACAUAGUAAUUGUAGGUCUGCGCUUCCCACUAUGGGAAUUCCUCUUCAGCAGAGGAUGGAGAUUGGAAUGCUUUACGAGGCAUAAAUAUCUUUCA